GCGGCCUUCGAGGAGGGGGGCCAACUUGAUAGGGAGAUCAAAACACAGCAGCCGAAGGGAAAGCUGGUGAAGUGGGACCAGGGCUAGGCCGCUGCACCUGAGUGCCUGGGGGUCCUUUUCCAUCCCACCGCAGGGCAGCCAAGCCUCUAGCCCUCCCUGACAUGCAGAAAGUCUCACGGCCAGUCCAGGACCACAAGCCAGCCCCGCAGCCGCCGGCCCAGCCCUCAAGCCCUUCCCACGCUCAGCUCCUGAUGAGUAACAGCAGUCUCCGCACGUUUGAGGACCAAGUCCUCUGUCCCAUCUGCCUGGAGGUGUUCCGCAACCCGGUCACCACCACCUGCGGGCACAACUUCUGCAUGGCCUGCCUCCAAGGUUUCUGGGACCACCUGGCUACCGUGGGCGAGACACUGUACUGCCCCCAGUGCCGGGAGAGCUUCCCCUCCAGACCGCGCCUCUGCAAGAACGGCAUCCUGGAGGAGAUGGUGACCUGCUUGGCCCAGGUCAAGGGCCAGACCUUGGGGUCCUCACGGCCCCUGGCCGGGCCCAGGGACGUGCCCUGCGACUUCUGUUCCGCCCAGAAGCUCAAGUCAGUCAAGUCGUGUCUGCAGUGCAUGGCCUCCCUGUGCGAGAAGCACCUGAGCAGCCACUUCGAGGACCAGAUGUUCCAGGACCACGAGCUGCUGGAGCCCGUGUGGGAUCUCAAGAGCCGCCUGUGCCGGAAGCACCGCAAACUGAGGCGGCUGUACUGCCGCACGGAAGGCAGCUGCGUGUGCGGAGCCUGUCUGCUGGAGGAACACAAGAACCACGACACCAUCCCCCUGGAGGAGGAACGUGCCAGGAAGGAGGUGGAGGUUCGGAAGGUCCAGGCCAGCGUGGAAAACCAGAUGCUGAUCAUCAACUCUGACAGCCAGAGGCACCGGGGGCAGGUGGCCUUUCUCUCGAAAUUGAUCCAGACAACACGCGAUGAGGUGAACGCCUGCUUCUCAGAGAUCAUCCAGGAGGUCAGACAGCUGCAGAUGAAGGUCUUGGAUUUUGUCGAGAAAGAGGAGGCAGCCGCUCUGGGGAAGCUGGGCAGCUCCAUCCAGCAGAGCCACAACCGGCUCCUGAAGCUGGAGGGGGACAGCAUCUGGCUCCGCGCCCUGCUCGCCAACAGGAGCGACCAGCAAUUCCUGCAGGAGUUCCCCAGACUGAAGCACUUUCCCGCCUGCUCGGAAGCCCUGAUGAGCACCAACUGUGAGGAGAAGCAGAGCUUUCUCCAGUUGCCGGAGACCCUGGCGGAGCUCCGGACGCGGCUGCUGGACGUGGGUCUCAGCUUCAUCAAUCAGCUCCUCCUGAAGGGUGACGCAGCCUCCUGGAAGCCCAUGCCCCUCUCUGAAAGGACACUGGGCUGUAAGAGUGUCCUCAGCAAAGCUCCUCAAUCUCCUCCAGGCAUUAAGAUGAACUCCUAUGAGUUGCUGCCCUCAGCUGUGGACAGGAAAACACUUCUCAAGUGUUACUGCAACCUGAACUUCGACCCCACCACGGCCAGCGAGGAACUGUUCCUGUUCAAGGAGACCCACUCGGUGCUGAACCUGGGCAUCCUUCUGGAGCCCUUCGCCGCGGGCGGCCCCUUCCCCGGCUUCAAGCAGUGGCCGCAGGUGCUGUGCUCGCGCGGCCUGUCCGAGGGCCGCCACUACUGGGAAGCCGAGGUGUCCAACUCGUGGGUGUGCCUGGGCCUCACCUACCGCCGCAGCCCCCCGCUCGGCGGCCGCCCGCGCCGCAACAUCGUCUACCUGCUGGGCCGCAACGCGUACUCGUGGUGCCUGGAGUGGGACUCGCUCAAGUUCUCCGUGUGGCACAACAACACGCAGACGGUGCUGCACGGCGGUUACCACCGCACGCUCGGCGUGGCGCUCGACUGCGGCACCGGCUGCCUCUCCUUCUACGGCGUGGCCGGCGGCGUGAGCCUGCUUUACCGCUUCCUCGUCUCCUUCCUGGAGCCGCUCUACCCCGCGGUCAUGGUCAGCAGCGGCGCCUCGGUCACGCUCAAGCAGAGCCCCGAGGCGGAGGCGUAGACGGCAGCCAAUAAAGCUGGACUCUA